AUGACAGUCAACGGCACAGGGUACAGCUCUAUAGCGGAGACGUCCAACAUCCAGCAGAUCCUGGGGAGCAUAUUUGACGACAAUGUGUCGUUGCCAGUUGAGGUCAAGAAGAGAUCUGAAGACGUCAAGUUGACCGGCACUCGGGAUAAGCCCUACUUCCCCAUUCCCUUCAAAGAGACCGAGACGACAGCUGCGCUCAAAGCGAUCGAGGGCAGCGUCGCCGCCCUUCUCGCUGAGUCGAAAGAUGGGCACGAGGGUAGGGAGAUGACGGUGGACCAGGAGAAGACGACAGCGUUCCUGUUCCAGGCCUAUCUGGCACGAGUAGGCGGACUGGGCAAGCUGGACAAGGACGUGCGGAAGUUCCUCAAGGACACGGACCUUCUGGCGGCACAGUCAAAUAGCUACAGACGCAUGUCUGCGAACCUCUACGAGACCAAGGAGCCCGGCGAGUACUACCAUAUCCACGGCUCGCUCGAGGCGUCCACGACCCUCAAGAUGCUUGGCCUCGAGACGCACCGCCCCGAUCUAGACACGAUCGACAAAAUUGUCGCGACCAUUGAGCCUGCGGUGCAGAAGUUCACCGUGGCGGAACUUGAAGAGAUGAAUGCCAGGAACAGACAAGCCGGUGUCAAGGCGUUCAAGCACGAGGAGUUUCUACAGACGCCCCAUGGCCAAGCGAUUUCAAAGACAACCCCGUGGACGGUGGAAGGUCUUGAAACAGAAACGCCACCCACGCCCCUCCCCUCCACCACCGACAACCACCGUCCCCUCUCCGGCAUCAAGGUCCUCGAACUCUGCCGCAUCAUCGCGGGUCCCGUCAUCACACGCAUCCUGGGCGAGUACGGCGCAACAGUCCUCAAACUGACCUCGCCGCAUCUCUCGGACGUGCCCUUCUUCCAGGUGGACGGCAACAUGGGCAAGCACGCCGCCGAUCUGGACCUCAAGACAGCCGAAGGACGGGCACAGUUCGAGACGCUACUGGAGGAUGUCGAUGUCGUGGUGGAUGGCUACCGCCCCGGUGCAUUUGCCAAGAUGGGCUAUGGGGAGAGGUACAUGAGCGAGCUCGCAAGGAAGAGAGGGAAGGGCGUGGUUUAUGUCAACGAGAACUGCUUUGGAUACGUGGGCGAGUGGGCGCAUCGCCCUGGCUGGCAGCAGAUUGCCGACUGCGUCUCUGGCAUCGCCUGGGAGCAGGGCAAGUUCAUGGGCCUGAACGAGCCCGUCGUGCCCCCAUUCCCCAUCUCCGACUAUGGCACGGGUUGCAUGGGCGCCAUCGCAGCGCUGAUCGGACUGUACCACCGCACGACAAAGGGCGGCUCCUGGCACGGCAAGACAUCCCUCCUACAGUACGACAUGCUGCUCUUCCGUGUAGGCCAGCUGCCCGAGGCGGUGCAGGGCGAGCUGCGCGCGCAAGUGAGCGAGGAUUUCCUCGCGUUGCGGCAUGCGCACAGCGUGGACCAGAUCUCUGGCACGGCGCUGCGCCAGAUGCGCAAGGUGUUUCCGGACUUUGCUGAUCAUCCGCAGUAUCUAGACCACUGGUACUCGAUGGCGUACGGGCAGCCGGUGGCGGCUGUGAAGCCCGUGGUCGAGAUUGAUGGGCUUGACAUUGGGUUCCAGAGGGCGAGUCGGCCGAAUGGCACGGAUGCGGCCAGCUGGGACUUUGGCGAGGAGAAGGACUAUAGAGUGGAGGCUUAA